AUGUAAUACUUGUAAAGAUACUAUAUUUAUCAAGAUGGUAGUUGUAUAAGCUAUUGCUCAGCUCUGUAUCAGAAAUCUAAUGGUCUUUAUUGUUUGAUUACGAUAAUUAAACGCCUUGUAUCUUAUAUUAUUAUAUUUAGACUCUCAAUAUUUGAAUUAAGAAUAUAUAAAUGAUGCAACCUACCCUGAAUAUUAUGGAUAAUAUACUUUAAUCUCUCAUAGUGGAACAAACUUUUUAAAAGGAUCAGAUAUACAUUAUGUAAUAUUAACUUAAAUUUAAAUUUAAUUAGGAAUAUCUAUUAUUCAUAUUAUAGAGAAAUUACAGUUUUUGGAGGACCUUUUAUAUGGGCUUAAGCUAAAUUCUAAAGAAUUCACCAUAUUUAAUCUCCACAUCUUAGUGUCACUAUUGCAUUUUAUAUACUUUUUGGACCAUCAUUCCCUGCAGAUGGUAGAUUUAUAUUUAAUAUUGAAAAUAAUCCAGCUGUUUCUACAUCAAGUACUAGUAAUCAUGGUUCUUAUUUAGAUGGUUCAAAAUACAUUAAAGUAUAUGACAGAAUCAAUCAUUUUACAAAUACAUUAACAAUCACUUUGGAUUGCUAUGGUUCAAAUAAUGAACCAGUUAAGGCUUAUUGUGGAUUCUAUAAUUAUUAUAUUGUUGUUCACAAUUGCUAGCCUUAUUGUUAGUCAUGUUUAGAUUAAUAUUCAUGUAAUUCAUGAAACCCUUAUGAUUCUAACAUUGUUCAAUUUUCUUAAACACAAUGUUUAAGCAAUUAAUAUUAUGAUAAAUACUUAGUCAGAUGUUUAGAUUGUCCAUCAUCUUGUUAAACAUGUACAUCAAAAAUAGAUUGUUAAACAUGCAAAUUAACAUAUACUUCAUCUAAAUUAGGAUGUAUAUGUACAAUCAAACAAUACGAACAUUCCAAUCAAUGUUUUAAUUGUCCAAUAGAAUGUAAUUAAUGUUUAAGCUCGCCUUUUUGCAUAGAAUGUUUAUAUAGUAAUAAUAGACAAUUAUUAAAUGGAAAUUAUCAAAAUAACAACUUUUCUUAUUCAAUUGGCUGCCUUGGUGAAAUUAAAUCUUGACUCAAAACUGUUCAAUUUCUAGGCAAAUUCCUUUUUUUGUGAUCGAUGA